GAGGAAUUGAGAGAGCUCCCUGUGUCCACAUUCAUGUAUCAAGAAAAGACCGUGUGAGGACACAGAGAGAAGGCAUCCAUCUGCAACCCAAGGAAAGAACCCUCACCAGACAUCAACCUAGCCAGCACCUUGAUCUUGGACUUCUCAGCCCCCAGAAUUAUUUCAGUUCAUUAUGUCUUCCCCUGAAAUUGCUUCCCUUUCAUGGGGGCAAAUGAAAGUACAAGGCUCUGCUACAACCUAUAAGGACUGCAAAGUAUGGCCAGGGGGCAGUCGGGCUUGGGAUUGGAGAGAAACCGGAACUGAGCAUUCCCCUGGUGUGCAGCCUGCAGAUGUGAAGGAAGUUGUCGAGAAGGGUGUACAGACCCUUGUGAUUGGCCGAGGGAUGAGUGAGGCCUUGAAGGUGCCUCCCUCAACUGUGGAGUACCUCAAGAAACAAGGCAUUGAUGUGCGGGUCCUCCAGACAGAGCAGGCCGUGAAGGAGUAUAAUGCCUUGGUUGCCCAGGGGGUCAGGGUGGGAGGCGUCUUCCAUUCCACCUGCUGAUGAAGUCUUAAGAGGAUAAUAAAUCACUAAGCAAUGAU